AUGACUGGCAUGACGGGCACAGUUCUCACCGAUGGCGAAGACGAGCCACGUGUUGUGCGUCCCGUACACAAAAUCAAACCCACUGCUGCCCUCCUUCAACACUCGGAGAAAGCGGCUCUUCCCUCCCAAAUAAAAGCUAUCACCGAUUUCCGUGCAGCUGAGGCCGCCAAGCGUGCUUCAGAGUGCCUCCCCCAUCCAACAAAUGUGUGUCCCGAUGAUGCCCUCGAUGAUGCCCUCGAUGACGAUGAAUCUGGUGAUAUGGAGCGCGAGAAUGCUCGUGUCAACCCUAAGCAUGCUAGAAGGAAGUGCAAGUCCCCUCCAUGUUGCUUGUUCCCUUCGUUUGGCUCAAGCCAUGGCUUUUGGCCGGCUUUGGCUCAUGGCCUUGGCUUGAAAUAUGCGACUCUAGGUGAACAACUGGAGUCUGUCUUUGGCUGGAAGGCUCGGACUUCAGGUGAUGGUGUUAUUCCAAUCCUAGAACGUGGAAAAGCAAUAUGUGCCUUGCAUGGUAUCUUGAUGCUAUAUUACGAAAAAUACCCUACAAACAAUGUGCUCAAAAAGUGGGUCCAUGACAUCACUGCUGGAGCAGAGAAAGUUUACGAGAUGUAUGGUGUCCCUAUUCCAGAGUGCUCAAAAGAGCCUGUAAGGCAACAGGGUACCAAACGUCCAGCACCAGAUGUCACUAUCACGCACUCACAAAGCACUGGCAGUAAGCAAAUUUCAAACGUCUAUCAACCAAAAUCAUCAGGGGCCGGACGCAACCCCAUUGACAUCAUGUCACGAUUAGUCAUAAAGUACCACGACGAGGAUUCCCAGAAGAACUCUUGGGGAUGUGUUGCCUCAGGCUGUACUUUCCUGCGACAGGGUAAUGCGCAGCUUGAACGAGCCUUGAAGCAUGCAACAACAUGCAAAAUUCUCCAGGCUGACCAUGUUGAGCUGUGGCGACAAGCGAUCCAAGAAUCAGACAUUGACGGAAUAGCAGAUUCGGAUGAUGAAGAUGGAGCUGAGGACGAGCUGUUGGAAUCGGAGAUAGACGGACGCCAGCCUGCUCAAGCUGUUGCCUUCGAGAUUCAUCCUGACAUUGAUAUCAACUCGAAGGCAUUGAAGGAUAUGGUCUCUACUGACCCAGUUUCCGUAGUUUCCACUGUGGACCUAUCAUUCGUGUUGUCUCCGCAGGCUGCCACGAUGGUGACCGACGACGGAGAUGCAGAUUGGAAUUAUUAGACUCACAGACGACCUUUUUAACAAUUGUUAACUGCGUUUUUGUUGUUAACAAUGUUAAUAAUGUAUUUCUAACACGUUAGUAAC